ACCCAGAUUCAUAGCAGGAUGACGAUGGGGACGCCGCCAUCAUCUCAAGCCUACGGUGAGCCAUGGUACUGGGACAACCGCUACGCCACUGAAUCCGCUCCCUUUGAUUGGUACCAAAAGUACCCUUCCUUAGCUGCCCUUAUCCGCCUUUAUGUCCCCCACCGCCACCAUCGUGUUCUCGUCGUCGGAUGCGGCAACUCAGUUUUUAGUGAAGAGAUGGUGAAUGAUGGGUACGAGGAUGUUGUCAAUGUCGAUAUAUCCUCCGUCGUCAUCGAUGCUAUGCAGGCCAAGUACUCCAACAGGCAGCAACUGAAAUAUAUUAAAUUGGAUGUACGAGAUAUGAGUCCUUUUCAAUCUGGUUCCUUCGAUGCUGUUAUCGAUAAAGGGACUCUUGAUUCUAUCAUGUGUGGGAGUAAUUCAAGGCAGAAUGCGGCGCAAAUGCUUGACGAAGUCUGGAGGGUCCUCAAGGAUAAAGGAGUCUAUAUUCUGAUUACAUACGGCGCUCCGGUGUAUCGUCUCGGAUUGCUGAGAGAGUCAGGCGGUUGGAGCAUAAAACUUCAUGUGAUAGCGAAAUUGGCACAGGAAGGAACUUCUGACCAGCAAGCGAGGGAAUUGACAAACCCGGUUCCGUUGGACGAGAGUGGUAGCUCGGUGGAAGAUGUACUCGGAAAGAACCCCGAUGUCCAUUACAUCUAUGUUUGUACCAAGGAACCCAGGACCGCUAGAGAAUGAAGCAGACGGCGGUCGAAGAAUACGAGGGAGGACGAGGAGGUUGAACCGUUUGUGCCAUUCUUUUCUGCUGUACCUGAUUGUAGCAGGCUUUAGUUUAUGUGUGAUGAUACCCUGAGCUAUCCAAAUUUAAUCUUUGCCCGUAACAUGUUCGGAGCAUAUGUAAUAACUGAACCACUUAACAGCUGCUUUUGUUUUUAGUUUAUCUUAUUAU